AUGAAGAGCUGGGCGGACGGGAAGGUGCUUGCUGGUUCGCUGCUGUUCACCGUCUCGUUCGUGCAACAGUACUGCGUUCUGGGAGUACAAAUUACUGCACUCCGCGUCCCGCCGGCGGUCCGCAACGGAUCCCGAUCAGUGCUGCUGGACUGCGAGUACUCGCUUCGCCCGGACGAGACGCAGGCCGACUCAGGUCUGGUCGUCAAGUGGUUCUUUAACAAAACACCCUCGCCCGUCUACCAAUGGAUACCAGGCAACAAACCCCAGGAGCUUGGUGUUCUCAGAGGGAGGUUGAAUCUAGAACAUAGGGCUAGCCGGCACCCUGCCACCAUGCAUAGGGCGUUGUAUAUCCUCAAUCCCACCACGGAUUUGGCUGGCGAAUACAAGUGUGCCGUCUCCACUUUCGAUGAUGAGGAUUUCAUGAUCAAGACGAUGAUUGUUUAUGCUCCAGAGCAGAGAAUGGACGUAGUCCUAUCAAAGACGGAGACAGAAGCUGUAAAUGUCACAUGCAAAGCAAAAGGCGUCUAUCCUGAGCCGAAGAUACUCCUUUACAAGGACCCUGAACAGGAUAACAAAAAACGACAGAUGGAUGACGUCACAUAUGACAGCAGACAGCGAAACGGUGCCUAUGACGUGGCUGCCUCGACAAGACUGCAAGACGAAGAGCUCAACACUACAGCGACCAUCAACUGCGAGCUCACAAUCCCCGGUACUGAGUACCACAAAAAGAAAAGCAUAGUCUACCAUCCUGGUCUCGCUCUUGCUUGGACAGAUAGCGGAGGUCACUCAGUGACGUCAUCGCAGUCUCUCUUCUCGUUAGUGGUCGUCACUUCUCUCUUCCUCAUGCGCGCCGUAUCCUGAGUAGAAUGAGGUGGUGGUGGACGAACAGGAGGUGGAGAAGAGUAAAGAGAAGACGGAGGAAAUUGGCUCCACAAUUCAAUGAGAAAUUGCGACAGUGGCGCGGCUCCCGACGACGGUGGACAAAAAAGGAACUAAGAACUCAAAUGGACAAAAUGUGAACUAAAAGUGUACAAAGAGCAUUAUGUUCUGUGACGGAAAAUUGUGGAAGAAAUGCGACGAUUCCCAUAAUAGAGCCAGUACAGUAGCUAGAAAGCUAUUAAUAUAUAUUUUCAGGGAAGUGUUUUUUUAAACAACUGGGAGAACUAAUGAAGAUGUUUUUCGUAUAGUGGAGGGGGAGAAAUAUUAUUUCUUAUUUCUACAAUUGACAGUUGUCCCUUGUGGACGUCAUUGUAAAGAGAAAGGUUGAACGGGUGGAAGGGAAAAAUUACAUCAAUUGAAAAUGUGUCCAUGAGUUUUGAAAAGAACUGUGACCUAAUUUCCGGGAUGAGAUCUUUUCUAAAAAGGUUUCAGAAGGAUGUGAACGAUAGUGACCUACUGACAUCGAGUUCUCAAAGCAUUUUGUGCCAUGUUCAUGUUUAGUUGUUUCUCAGUUGCAAUGUUUAUGUACCAUGUUAGAGUUUAAGAUUCUAUUUAAGAACGGAAUAAAUUCACAAAUCCAUAAUUCAUGAACUGAUAAAUUGAGAUUGGAAUUAAUUCAUUCUCAUGUGUUGUAUUUCAUUCAAAGAUGGUAAUUCAUUAUUUAUGUUUGUUUUCCACAUCAAUUCAUCAAAUUUCUCCAAGGUACAUGAGGUUCAAUAGUUUGCGUCUGUCUAUACUGUAUGCUUAAACUUUACAAAAACAAAAUUCUUAUUGUAUUCGUUUUCAAUGGAUUGAACAAUCAAAGCUACACAAUAUCGUUCUCUCCUAUGAUUUAUUUUUCUUCUAAGCUUAUUUUUGAAAAAGUGUAUUUUGGUUUCUAUAAAACUCAGAGGAGCUAUGUUUUCCUCCCUUGAUCAUAAUAUUAUUCACAUUUUGUUAUUAUACGGAGAAUUAAUGUCAUUUAUGUAUAUUGAAAACAAUGCCAUAACAUUACCUCAUUACUUUUAAUUUUGUGAAAUGUAUGAUUAUCAUGCAUCACGGUAACUGCUUCAUUAGUUUAUAAAUAUUUCAUAAACAUGAUAAUCAUGUUUGUUGUCAUUCUCUACAUCAUAGAAUCGAUCAAUUUAAGUUCAGUUUGUCAGUUUUCAACUCAUCAUCGAAAAUCAUUAACAGAUUAAUUAUUUCAUAGAAAUAACUUGACAUCGAGUAAAUUUGCGAAUCUCCGGCCUUGUGCAUUAUUUUAUCUAGGUAACGCACCAAAAAAACAACCAAAAAUCUAAUUAUAAGAUAGUAAUAAUACUACCUAGUUGUAAUCCAAUUAUAAAUUAAGCACAGGGUUAAUAAUAUAUUUACAAACAAUUCUGAUGUGUUGCGAAACUUUGGAAUUUAUUGUAAGGGGGCCUUCGAACUUAAGUGUUUAUUUUUUACGGUUACCAUUGACGAAUUGUAGAAAAUGGUUGGAAACAAAAUUUUGUACAAUAGUUAUGUUUGAAAUAAAUUGAUAGUGAUUGUGUCAUAUUUUAUCUAUUAAUCAAUCAAUAUUCUUACAAGAAGAACUUUUGAUACCGUAGUAAUCGUUAUUCUCAAUCUGCUUAGAACUAAAUUUCUCCCAUUGCGUUGAUCUUAAUCAAUGCUCUAAUUACCAAAUUUAUCUAACAUUUUGUAUUUUGAGAUUACUAAUAUCGAAGAAAUUAUUUUGAAUUGUGGUUGUAUUCGAAUAUUCAUCUCAAUACUUUCCACAGCAGUUAUUAAAAAUUUAUUAUAAUAUAUUAUUCUGUCAUUUUUGUAAAUAACGUUUAUGUAUUUGACUAGAUCUAUUAUCAUCAUUCUAACUACAGCAUUACCAUUGUUUUUUAGAUGUGAUACAUUUAUUAUAAUAUACGUAUGUAUUUAUUGUAUGUGAUAAUUAUUGUAAAUAGUAAUAUUCCAGGAUAGCUUUAUUUUCCCGUAUGUUUCUAAUGAUAGAUUGUUAUAAAAAUAAACAGGGAAUUUUGAAGAAAAGCUAA